UAUACAAGGGAAUAAUAACCCAUCUUUGGUCCAAAGUUUUUACUGGGCAUGAAAAUAUGGGGCGACGGGAUUUUAAACAUUCAGGAUGUGGGCGUUGGGGUUGGUUUGGCUCCAUGACCGAACAGAGUUGAGUUUGGAAAGUGCCGGAAGCCAAACGGAAGAGCGGUUAGAGUCACGCCCGCUUUCUUGUGCUCUGGCGGGCCGGGAGGGAAAACCGAUGGCGGCGACUGGCGGCCUGCCCUGUCUUUUGCCUUCGCAGAGCCAGUUGGACUACGCGCUGGAGGAUGCGACCACGCUUCAAGAGAAGGAGAACUUGGUGUAUCAGCACGUGAAAAAAGUGGACGGUUGGGAGCGGGAUUUGAAAGUCCCCGAAUUUGGAGCAGAUUUACAGUGGCUGAACACUGAAGGUUCACUUUCUUUUUAUAAACAUCUUUGUGGAAAAGUAGUGGUAUUAGAUUUCUUCACCUACUGCUGCAUCAAUUGCAUCCAUAUUUUGCCUGAUCUUCAUGAUUUAGAGGAGAAGUACUCUGAUAAAGAUGGUGUCCUUGUUAUAGGUGUUCACUCAGCAAAAUUUCCAAAUGAAAAAGUUUUGGAUAACAUCAAAAGUGCUGUUCUUAGAUAUAACAUCACUCAUCCUGUGGUAAAUGAUGUUAAUGCAACCCUCUGGCAUGAGCUAGAAGUGUCCUGCUGGCCAACCUUGGUAAUUGUUGGACCUCGUGGCAAUAUCUUGUUCAGUUUGAUUGGCGAAGGGCACAAGGACAAACUAUUUCUAUUUACAUCUAUAGCCUUAAAAUACUACAAGGAACAAAGGCAAAUUAAUAGUAAUAGAAUUAGAACACAACUAUAUAGAAACUCAUUGUCAUCUUCACCUUUGCUGUUCCCUGGGAAAAUUGCAGUAGAUAGUUCUGAAAACACCCUGGUAAUAGCUGAUACCGGACAUCAUAGGAUUUUGAUUGUGGAAAAAAAUGGUCACAUUCUGCACAUCAUUGGAGGACCAGACAGGGGAAGAAAUGAUGGAAAUUUUUCAGAAGCAUCGUUCAAUUGUCCACAAGGAGUUGCCAUAAAGAACAAUAUUAUUUAUGUAGCAGAUACAGAAAACCAUCUAAUUAGAAAGAUUGACCUGCGGUUGGAGUUAGUGAGCACUGUUGCAGGAGUUGGAAUACAAGGCACUGAUAAGGAAGGAGGAGCCAAAGGAGAUGAGCAGCCUAUUAGUUCACCAUGGGAUAUAACUUUGGGAAGCUUAGCAACUCAUGAAGAUGGUGUUCUUUGGAUUGCCAUGGCAGGCAUACAUCAACUCUGGGCACUUAUGUUGGAAAAUGGAAAAUUACCUAAAGGAAGUGAUUUGAAGAAAGGAACUUGUCUUCGAUUUGCUGGAAGUGGAAAUGAAGAGAACCGAAACAAUGCAUAUCCCCACAAAGCAGGCUUUGCUCAACCUUCUGGUCUCUCUGUUGCUGCUGAAGAUCCAUGGAGUUGCAUUUUUGUUGCAGACAGUGAAAGUAGUACUGUUCGAACAGUUUCUCUAAAAGAUGGCACUGUGAAACACCUUGUGGGAGGCGAGAGAGAUCCAAUGAAUUUAUUUGCUUUUGGUGAUGUUGAUGGAGCUGGGACGAAUGCAAAGCUACAACACCCGUUGGGAGUAGCUUGGGACAAAAAAAGAAGCCUCCUUUAUGUUGCAGAUUCCUAUAAUCAUAAGAUUAAAUUUGUAGAUCCCAAAAUGAAGAACUGUGCCACUUUAGCAGGUACAGGAGAAGCAAGCAACAUAAUUGGUUCCAGCAUUACCACAUCAACUUUUAAUGAACCAGGAGGCCUAUGUGUUGAAGAUGGAGGACAAUUCCUUUAUAUUGCAGAUACCAACAAUCAUCAAAUUAAAGUGAUAGAUUUAGAAACUCGUACUGUUUCACUGCUUCCCCUUCUACAGGUUGACACAGUAGACACUAUAACUACAGGGAGUAUUAAAAUGACUGAUAAAGCAGAACUGCCAAGGCUCCCUAAAUCAGCUCCGCAUUUUCAGCUACCUUCAUUGACUGUAAGUCCAGGCCAAGCACUUCAGUUCGUACUGAUGCUCAACUUGCCUCCAAAUACUAAACUGACUGAAGAAGCACCGAGCUCCUGGUUUUUUACUGCAGAAGGUAAUGAAUGGCUACUUUGUGAUCCCUAUAGAUCUGGAACAAUUGCAGACAUAUUUGAACAGCCUAUAAUACCAUUUCAGCUACCCACUAACUGCCUGUCAGCUGAAGCUUUAUUGUCAAUCAAUGUAUGCCUCUAUUACUGUAGCAAGGACAGUAAUGCCUGCAUGAUGAAAGGAAUCUCAUUCAACCAGCCUUUCCAUAUAGCAAAUGUAAACCAAAAAAGCAUAGCUCCAAUUGAGCUCACAUAUACAUUUUAAUUUUAAGCACAGCAAAGCAAAAAACCAUUUAUAGGCUUAUUUACUGUAGCCUAAUUUUUACCGCAAAACAAACUUAACUUUUGCAAUACUAUAUAUGUGUUAUUACAUGUAUGAACUUAAAGCACACCUUGCAAAAAUGUAUGCUUGCUUAAAUGGAAUGUGAGAAAUCAUGAAACUAUAUCUAAAUCUUAGUACCUUGUUAACUUAUUAUAUAAGCAAUAAAUACUAAAGGGUUGGGGUCACUGUGAAAAAACAAAUCUAAACAUAGAAAAGAUUGAUAUCUAUCUUCAGAGUACAGUCUUAAUGUUGGAAAUUCGCAUUCGUUUGAUUUUUUUCCCUGUGUUAUAUAAACAUUUGUCAUCACGUGUUUUCUGGACCAGGAGGCCUUGCUCACUGUCAUUCAUGCCUUGACCAUCUGUCUGUUGGAUUACUGAAGUGAGCUCUACAUGGACCUACCCUUGAAGAUCACUGAGAAGUUACAACUGGUUCAGCAUGCAGCAGUGUGCGCUUGAGCUUUGCUGCGCAAGCUAUACUAGCUUCUAGUUGUUUUCUGGGUGCAAUUCAAUGUUGGUUACUACUUUCCAGCCUUAAAUGGCUGUAGCGUAAUGUCAAGGUUUCUGCCCAACCUACCAGAUUAGAUUAUAUGGUCGAUGUAGGUCCCACUUCUUAAAUGUUACCUCUGAUGGGACUUUUAAGACACACUUUUUCAGUAGCUGCCUUGACCCUUGAGAUUUGGAAGGCCCCCACCCUUUAACUUCUGAAGGGCUAAGGUAGGUAAAAUGAGGACCCGGUUUGUGGGGGCAAUAAGCUGACUUUGUAUAAAAAUAUACAAAAGUAUGAAGGCUAUUGCUUAACGCACUGUAAGCCGCCCUGAGUCUCCGGAGAAGGGCGGCAUAUAAAUCAAUUUUUUUUAAAAAAAGACCUAGCUCUUUGCUCAGAUUUCGGGCUAGGAUAGAAGUGAGCCCAGCAAAUGUAAGUUUAUGACAUCGCAGCAGUGUGUUGGACUAUAUGGUGGUGUGAGGUUUAGUUGUUUUUAUUUAUGUUAUAUUAAAUAUUACUGUGAGUCACCUAUAGUUUUUAUGUAUAAGAAAGAUGGCCUUAUAGGUUUUAUAAAUAAAUCAUCAACCUUUUGUUUCAAAUACAAGCAAAAUAAUAAAAAGUAAAAUAUGCAAUGAAAAAUAGUUUUUAAUAAAAACUAAUGUUUUUUUUUAAAAAAAUAAUAUUUAAACAACAUGUUCUACAUAUAUUUGUUAAUGACUUACAUAGAGGAACUUCUAUGCAAAGGCUAAGUGAAUUGAUAUUUAUAGCUAGGAAUAAUAUUUUUAAUAAAAUCUGAAAAAUUAAAAGGCUGAAAUAAUUAGUUUUUUUAUUGUCUAUAACCUUAAACUGCUUGUUAAAACUUGUUUUGAAAGAGAGAAUAGUAUGGGGGGAUGUAGGGUGGUGUGUGGUGUGGUAGGGUAUGGUGUAUGGUAUGGUAUGGUACGAGUUUUAAACAAUAUUUACCAGUAUAAAGGAAAGAUACAAAACAGAUCACAUUCCAAAAAUAAUAGGAUUCUUGUCAAAAUUGUAUAGAAUUUAAUACUUCACCAGAAAUCCGUCCUAUCAUGCAAACUAUUUUUAAGAACUCUUUUAAGUGCAAUUGUGCAUGUGAUAAAGAAAUAGCAGGCAUCAUGUUAUUCUUUGUUUUGUUAAAGGUUUAUUUCCCUCAUAGAUCUUUUAUAUAGUUAAAGAGAAAAAAUCCAGUAUAAUAAGAGUUAUCCAAGUAAUCAAUGGCACCUCUUCAAAUAAUGUGCUUUUACAUUAUUUUUAAUGCCAUCUUGGAUAAAAACCAGAAACUCAGUCAUACAUUUUUAGUCACUGACUUUUUUAAAAAAAACUUAUUUUGCAAAGAAGUCUCUGCUAACAGAACCACUCUUUUAGGUCAGAAAAUGAAUAGACUUUCUCUAUUCCCACCAGGCUGAGAGUAAAGAUGUUGAUUUAACCUAUGCUAUGAAUUCAUUUUUAAAAGUUUCACUGGAAGUUAAGCAGAAUGGAAGAUACUGCAUGAUAACCUUUAAAAGUUAAACUUAGAUUUUAUAUUUGAUUUCAUACACUAUAUAUCUUACCGUUAUAAUAUCUGUAUUUAGACACUGACAAAGCAGCUUGGAAGCCUUCUAAAUGCUUCAUGAUUUUAUCCUGUUCACUUUAUCAGGUUAAUAUAAGAUAAUAGGCUCAGGUCCAAGAUAGGAAAACUUUAAACACAUAUUUAAAAACAAAGCUUUUUAAUGAAUACUAUGUAUAUAGUGUUUCAAUAGUUUCUUUCAGUGUUCUUGUUAAGUCAGAAUUAGAAGUGUAUAAAUUGUGCAUCAAAAUAAUGUGAAAGCAAAGGAGAAACUACAAUUUGUCACUUGUUUCAUCAUUCUUCACUUUAUAAAACUGAAUAAAUGCAAAUAUUUGGA